AUGGCGUCUUUACCAAGCGAUAGUGAAGAUGAGAAUCUGAGCGAUUCUGACGAUGAAUAUGUGUCGUCCAAGCCAGGCUCAGAUAACUCUACAAGUAGUGACAGUGAAGAAGAUUCAGAAGAUGACCAACCACUCAGCAAUUUUUUUGCAAAGGGGACACCAAAAUAUCAGUGGAAUAAAGUUAGGGAAGGCAAAGUGAGUGUUUCUUUGGCGCCAUUUACGUCACAAAACCUAGACGACGAGCCUGAAAUAGGAAGACCCAUACAUUAUUUCCAGUUAUUUUUCUCAGAUGAGCUAUUAGAUCAAAUUGUAGAACAAAGUAAUUUAUACGCUUGCCAAGUUGACCCGAAUAGUCCGCUCAACCUUGCUCGAUCUGAAUUAGAAGUCUUCUUAGGAACUGUUGUUUAA